AAUUACACGCAAACCCACUUUAGUAUUUUAACCAUAAACAUGCUCUAGUAGCGUUUGUCAUCACUGACACCAUACUUACCAUCAUCAUCGUAGUCAUCACCAUUUAUAAAAUAUUAUUAAAAAUUAAAAUAUAAAUAAUAAAGAAUAUUAUAUUAAGAGUUUGAUUAGUUUUCUUUUUCAAAAUACUCCAAACAAUAAAAAAGAUUCGAAAUUUAAUAUAACAAAUAUUUUCUAAUUUAAUUACGCCCAACAAAAUGAAAUUAAUUCAACUCGAUCAUUGCAAAGCAAUUGCAAUGAUUUCUGUUUUAUUCGGUUUAUUAAUUUAUUACGAAUAUCAUAUCUUCUUCAAAACUAUUCCUAAUGAUUAUUUAUAUAAACUUUCAAAUCAAACUGAAAAUUUAACAAUAUCUAACAACGAAAAUAAUGCAACGGCUUCAAAAAGAAUUAAACGAUUUUUAAUCUUUCAAGGUGGAGGAGUAGUUAAACUCGUCUUUGGUACAUCUUAUCCAAUUAUAAUGGCGGACAAAACAAGAUCAUUAGGUUAUUUUUAUAAUUUUCAAAUGCAAUAUCCCCCACCGACUAUUCCAGUGUACUGGUGGAGCUUUUAUAAUACAACAACAUUUGCAGCACGCAGAAAUGCUCGUAAGCGUUCAACAGAAAUGCUGUUGAGUUAUGACAAAACCCGUAGCCUAAUCUAUGACUUUAUAGAAACAAUUUUGCAACGCUUUGGAGAUUUCAGUGGCGAAUGCCUAUUAAAGAUCAUUUGUGAAGUGGCACGUGCCCCUUUAAGCGAAGACAUGUACGCAAGCACAGAAGGGUCAAUGCAAAUACACAUCACAUCCAAUUAUGAAACUGGAGUAUUAGAUGAUUAUGGUAGAAAUAUUUACCACAAACUAAUAAAUUUAAUUUUCACGCCUCUUCGUUCAAAUGUGGAUGACCGUUAUAUAAAUGCUCGAAUAGCCGGUGAAAAUGGUGCUAAUUGUGAUGAAACAUUUGGCAAAUGCCCCGUCGUAGAACAAUUGUUUAAACGUUACACACAAUAUAUUUAAAAAGGAUGCAGUAAUUUUCUCUUUACAUUUAUUUUUUUUUUAAUUAAAACUGGGUAAUUUAAAAAAAAUGGUUUCACUAUUUUAUGAAAUAUAUACUUGGUCUUACUUAAAAUUGGGGGUGUAUGAGUAUUCAUUGGUUUUUAAAUUGAUAACAGUGGAUCAAUUACUUAUGUAUAAGAUUAUUGUGAUGCCUGUAAAAACAUAGUCAGAUUCAAUAAUUAUUGAAAAUAAUAUGUAAGAUAAAGAGUAUUUACGUAUAAGAUUCAUUUUAUAAUAAAAAUCUGUGGAAAAAAUG